AUGUCUUCAAUGCUCUCCGACUUCCAGCAACAAGACAUCCCAAACAUUGCCUACGACAAACUCAGAGACCUGAACGAUCCAUUUAUUAGCGUUCCGGUAAUUGGUGAUACGACUCACAGUCUUACUAUUGGUACAGAUGCUCCUAGCCACAAUUCAGACCAGACAAAUUGCCCUCCAUACUCACCAGCUGUCGCCAAUACCGUCGCCGUCUAUCCCUCAUCAUACCUUAACAUGGCCGAAGAUUCGAUUUUCAGUCACGGCAGUAGCUUUGGUCCUCCGAACCACAUACCGCCAACAAAGCGAGUGUUCAGCUCACCAUACAUCGGCUCCAACACCUUGGUCACUUCAGAGCUCGAUCAUACACCAUCUCCAAAGCGCCGUGCAGGUCUUCGUAGACCAAACAAUGGGAUCUUACGUCAAGAGAUAGGUCAAGAUCAAAUCGAGAAUGCUGGUCCUUUGAGACAUGCAAUUGCGACACAAAGGCCCAGACGACCCACGACAAGCACUGUCGCGCGAUCUCCGAACUAUACCAAUAGCACAUCUAAUCUUGCUAGUCCAGAUGAGCCACAGGACUAUAGAAAAUACUAUCAAUUCUUGGCCGAGAAGAACAACAUCAAGGCUUACCAGAUGCGCAAUGGAGAAGGCGUUCAAUCUCAAGUUUGUGUUUCUCCGUACAGGGCCGCCAACUCUGCUACAGGUAGCAAUCAACAGCAAGUCACUCACAAAACUUCAGCUCCCAAUGGCAUCCCCCAGUCUGCUGCCAAAAGUUUGCCUCUAGAUGACCAACCUGCACGUUGUGCUCAACCAGAUCAACCAAUCAGCCUCCCACAGCAAAGUACAAGUCUUAGCAUGCGACCACUAUAUAAUGGCAUCGAAGAAAAGGCUCGUCGGCGCACAGAAGCUAUACGAGACUUACAAAGGGCAAAGCUAGAGAUUAUGAAACAGCGCAGAGCCAAUACAUCUACUAUCUUGGGUCAAGGACGCGUACGGUCUCUCACUGUCACAAAUUCUACACCAAAAAUGUGUAGACCGCACCAACCAACACAAGAAAACGUUUAUCCAGAUUAUACGCAGAAUGCUUCAGUUCUUCAGAACCUGUGUGGCAGAAACUCAAAUAUGGAAAAUGGUCGACAGAUUGGGGAGGGGCUGGGAAGGAGCUCUCUCAAUCUCGCUCCUUUGGGCUUUUCGGCAGAUUACAAUGGUUAUACAAGAGCAUGCGAUAAGUCUCUGGUUCCGCAAAUUAAUACUGAUUCGUUUGUCGGUAUGUCUAAAUUUUUGGCUCCUGGACAGCCGCUGGAUAUAAAUCCGGGCUCGGGGUUGUUUGAACUUGGACCUUCCGUACAGUACAGCAUCGACGAGACACAGGAGGACGGUUUCAGCUUUACUCGCCCGUCAACUGCUUCAAACACCACAACUAAGACGACAACUCAAGCCAGACCUCGGACCGAUAUUAACAAAAUCCUUCCAGCUUUCCGUCAAGAUUAUCAGUCUUAUGAGGAGAACCUCAUGAAUGGUAUCCAAACGCCAACCAACCUACCCCCAUGGUUGGUAGUUAGAGCUAAGAAGAAGGCUGGACUCAUGCCAUCUGCAUUGCCCGACAGUGACUCCGAGUCUGAAGAUGAUUGUUGUGUAGAGUUGUCACCGAAACUCCCUGCAUACCAACGCAUCGUAGCUACUGCCGAUACAGGACCUCUACCGAAUAUCAAUCAGCCAUAUACAGGUACCCUGAACCCCUCAUCACCUUACUUGGCGGCACAUCUCGCAGUCAACAAAACGGCCAAGACACGAACGCCUGUUCAGACCCAAGACAAGAAGGCUCCCACAUCCAAGAAGAAGAGACCCACGCCUCGCAAGUCUCGAGCCAGGAAGCCCAUUCAAUCUGAUGGUCAGGCCGUUACUCCAGCCGCCAUCAAUUUGAAAGCGCCAACCUACGACUUCUCUUCGCCAAUGAAUGGAAACCGCAUCAAUAGCUCGACAUUGGAAAAUAUGAUGGCCGGUAACUUUACACAGUUCUUCGGCAGUGCAGAAGAGGAGGCCAAGUGGAAGCAGGAUGCUGUUGCUGAAGCUAUGGCUGAGCGAGACGCCCCAUCAAAGCGCCAGUUGAAGAUGGCCGAGCGGGAAAGAAAGCAGUUAGAAAAGAACGCCAAGGCCAAGCAGUGAAUGAUAUGGGUGAGUCCUUGACCAUGGUCUUUGUUGUCCACCAUCUCCUCAUUUGGCAGUGGGCGGCAGAUAAGUUAUCAAUCACCCUCUGACAUUUCUUGUCCUGCUGUGUUACUAUUUGUAAAAUUAGUUGCAAAUGUCCUCUUGUGAACAUGGAACACAAGAAAACUGGUGUUGCGCGCAUUGGAAAAAAAAAACUAUUUCUGAAUCAUGCAAAAUAAGGGUGUUUAUGGGGCCAAGUCCAUGGAUCAGCGCCACUCUAGG